GAUUUCUAACCGCCAAACUGAACAUACACGCAAUUACAUCCGCGGUCUUAGUUCGUUAAGUUUUUAGUUCUAUGGCUACCGUUUCCCCGUUAGAACAUCUCAUAUGCUAAGUAGUACUCACAAGGAAAAGAUUCAUCUUAUCAAACCAAUAUCCAAAAAAACAAAGAAAUCAUCGAACCGCGAAACGCCAAAAAAAUGUAAAGUUUUCGCUGGGUGACUAUUUGUUUUGAAAGUGAUCGCAGAAACGACAAGUGCAACCAUAUCGCAUUCAAAAAUUCAAAAGUGCGCUCCCGAUUCUAGGAACCUAGGAAUUGCGCAAACCUAAGUGAACGCGCAAAAAUUGAUAACGUCGCUGAGGAACGGAAAAAAAUUGAAGUAAUUAGCUCGCCUCUCUCACCAAAUUUCGGCAAAGAGAAUCAUCAGAGCUGUUUAUAUAUGUGAUAUUACCCCCAAGAGUAGACGGCGAACGCGAAAAAACUAUAUACAUUAAAAAAAGGCAACUACACCAUUCGCAAAAUGUGAAAAAGUAAAAACGAUUUUUUCGUCUUGACUGUGGUGGAAGUUUUCUAUCCUUUUUUAUUACUGCAGUACAUGCUCUAUUUUUCGCAUUUUCGUACCACUGGUUACAAUAUUUAGUUUGUGCUCUGUGUGUCGGCAUCGUCAGGAGAGUCGAUGCAUGAUGGAGAAAAAAUGGCACCCGUAAUACCUCAUUUUUUGCAUUUUUAAACUGACUGUGUUAAUAAUUUUACAGUGCAAUUGAUUCCGCGCUAAUAAGAGUGAUACGAUUGUUGUAGUUUUGUGUGUGCAUAAUAUAGUCCGGCUGAAAACCGUUGGAACCAUGCAGUUCAGCAUAUCGGUGAGAUAAAGUAUGCAAAACACCAUUCAAAGUGCAACAACAUGGAAUACCAACCAGAAUCAAGUCGUUAUUUUGACGGAUGCUUACUGCUCGAAACAAUCGUAAAUAGUGUUGCAAAAGUGCAGUGACAUCACCAUCCUACGCAAAAACCGACCAAACCAUGCGUAUGCCAAAACUCGUUGUAUAACUAUAAAAAAUACGUUGGAUACAAAGCAGCAAAGUUAUCCGAUAAAAUCGGGGUACGAUAACCGUAUACUUCCCAGGAUCUUUCAGCACAACUUAUAUAACAUCGGCGGUUGCUGAGCGCCAACACAGCAAAAAACCAUAAAAUGGUCGACACACAGCACUUUUGCUUGCGAUGGAAUAACUAUCAGAGCAGUAUUACCUCUGCUUUCGAAAAUCUGCGGGACGAUGAAGACUUUGUCGAUGUGACGCUGGCAUGCGAUGGACGGAGUCUCAAGGCGCAUCGCGUCGUCCUAUCGGCCUGCAGUCCCUAUUUCAGGGAACUGCUAAAGAGCACACCCUGCAAACAUCCAGUAAUAGUACUACAGGAUGUGGCGUUCACAGAUCUCCAUGCGCUCGUAGAGUUCAUCUACCACGGCGAGGUGAAUGUUCACCAACGAUCUCUUAGCUCCUUUCUAAAAACAGCAGAAGUUUUGAGAGUGUCGGGACUGACCCAGCAACAAGCUGACGAAACACACAAUUUAGCACAAGUACAAACAUCAACUGGAUCCGGGAGUCGAACACCGGUAAGCCAUCAUCCCAGUUAUCCGGAUAAGUUCGUCGAGGACGCACUGUUCGCCCAAGGGGUGCCUCCGUCGUCACAUCUCAACAACCUACACCACACACCGGCAGCUCAUGGUGGACCCACUGUGAACCAGCUGCUUAGAAGGGCCGCGGCAGCUGCUGCGCUUAGGCGCGAACGCAACAAUUCGAACCAAUCCGACGAACUGUCCCUGAAGCGCCAUCGGAUGUCCACGGACAACAAUAUCCUUGGCAAUAACAACAAUCUGGAUGUGGUGAGUCACAUGCCGCAAAUCACCGCAACCGACUUCUCCACCAACAUGAAAACCAACAACAGCGCUCCGCACUCCCCGCAUAUAAAAGAACAGCACCGGCACGAGAGCAAUAAGACGCCUAAUGGUUUCACUUUCAUUGCCACAGGUAACAAUAACAAUAGCAUCAACAUCAACAACAACACAAACAAUCUGAACAACAACAACAACAACAAUAACAACAACAACAACCUAAAUACCCACAGCAAGGAUAGUUCAAAUGUGGGUGACCAGCCCAGUAGUAAUCUGGCGAGUAUAGCAACCAACGGUGGAAAUGGUGGAGGAAGCCUAGGUUCCCACACCGACAAGGACAGCCUCACUCCAUCUCCUUCCGUGCGUUCCAACGAGGACGUCAAAUCGGAACCCAUGGAGCUGGUGUGCAGUUCAAACGUGGAGAACGAUAACAGUUCGGACUCGAUCGAGGACGAUCACCACGAUAUCCCGCAUCCUGCCGACAUUAAGGGUCCUAUCAGCUCGCCCCAUGAAGACGAAAUGGACGGCAGCAUACAUUCCCACCCUGCACCUCCUUUUCUGAUUUCACCCGGUGAUCAGAAACUAUUUGGUGCUCCAGGGUCGUUCAACUUCUCGAUGGCGGCGCUUGCGGACCCUGCCACACUCGCAGGUUUCAACCCACAAGCCCUCCAAGCUGCAGAACUUGCUGGUUCACCACAAGGACAACAAAGUGCUGUCUCGGCAGCGUCCUCAUCUCAGCUUACACCACUGCGAAUGCCGCCACCCACUAGUGGUGGUAUCAAUGAGCCGCAAGAAUGUCCCUACUGUCGAAGAACUUUCUCUUGCUAUUACUCACUCAAGCGACACUUUCAAGACAAACACGAACAAUCCGACACGCUGUACGUAUGUGAAUUCUGCCACCGCCGGUAUAGGACGAAAAACUCCCUGACGACGCACAAAAGUCUCCAGCAUCGAGGCUCUAGUGGCAUGCUGAAACGACUACUGAAGACCUCAGCCAUCAAGAACGUGCUCGGAGGGGGAGGAGCCAACAACAACUCAGGUAUUCAUGGAGCCAGCCAUCCGCGGCCCCAUCUGUUCGAUUUCGCCGCAGAACUUGGCCAGCCUCCACCAGGUAUACAGUAAAAUUAUCUCCUUUUCUCCCAUCCGAGGAGAAAAGAGGAACAGGAAGCAACAUACGCAGCUAAGUCAUCCAUUUUUAGUGUAUACAAUAUUCAAUAAGUAUAAUUGGCAGUUGUCCAAUGUCAAAAAAGUUGUCAAAUCACACGCGAUCGGCCGGCGAUCGUUAACUACCAGCAUAUCUAUAAUUUUCUUCCCUUUUAUCGACAGCUUAUUUCUUAUUCUUUCACAUGGAAGAAAUCAAAGGAGCAUAUCUUUAGUAAUCCUUGGAGCGUGAAAUGGCGAAUGUGCAAUAUUAUAAAUUGAUCAAAUCAAAACUCACAUAUUAAGUUGUAACAAAAUUCAGUCCUUAGGAUAUAUUUUCCGUACUCUUUGUCUGUUAUUACGACUGCAUGUCAAAUAUUCAAUCACUAGCAACGUAUGCGAAUAAUAAUAAUAAUAAAAACACUUGGUAUAGAAUUGAUACUUUCCUCUUCGUGGCACCGAUUCGAUAUGACUGAGAUGAUGAGUAGGUACACUAGUUCAUACAUACUAUUCCCAAAUGUCUUGAGUUUUGCUUCCCUUGAACUUUCUUUUUUGGCCAAAUUUAGUAAUUAAAUUAUCUUGUAAACAUAACAGAAUUCACCACGCUUCAGAAAUUCAUCAAGAGAUUCUUAUGGGAACGAAAACUUACCGGCGUUUUCUCUAGAAAUAUCAUCCUUCAAUUAUUCCUUCAGUAAGUCCCAUAUGGAAAAUAUUGAGGAUUCAGUCAGAUUUCCAUGAAAAUGUUUUUAAAAAAAAUUCUUCAAAAUCUUUUCCAGCAAUUCUAUUAAAAUUUUCCUCAAAGACUUCUCCGUAAAUCUCGUUGAAUGCUUUCUGGAGUUGCUUGCUCCAACAGCUAACAGGAAUUUCUUCAGGAAUUGUUAGGUAACCAAUAAGCUCACGGAAUCCAAAUCGGGCAUAUAGGGCUAAUCUAGAACUAUUGUACGACUUAUACGCCCUGCGAUAACACUAUAUCGUCGAUUUGGAGCGUUUAAUGCGUUGUUAUUACUUGUUUUUUAUACAUUUUUUUUUCAAUAUUUUGUAUUAAAAAUCUUCCUGGGAUCCGUUCGCAUAAUUCUUCUAGGAAAUCCUCCAAAAAAGUUUUUUCCGAUUACUCCUGCUGCUAUUGGAACAUAACAGGUUUCCUUCACAGAUAACUACACGAAAUACUCAAGAAAUCUCUCUUAGGCAUGCUAUAGCGAUUUCUUGGGUUUCAAUAAAUCUUUAGUAAACUUUUCCAAUUGUUCCUUCGAGAAUUGUUCCAAGGAUUGCUUUUGAACGACCUAUAGGAAUUUUUCUGGCCCUGAUACUAGAAUUAGAAUUGAACAACUGGAUCAACUUCGUGUUAUUCUAUUUUUUCCAAAAAUAAUCUACAAUUAAACCCCUGAGAAGGUAACUCAAUGAGUGUAGGUGACAACUUAAGCUAUUCUUUCUGAAUUGCUUAAGUGGUUUACAGAAUACAUAGACAUUAUCCUUGGCCUCAGAUCAUUUUCUUACCGGCACCACCUUACGGUUUAUGUUUGCAGG